UGACUCACCCCAGCCCUUAUCAUUUUGCUCCUCACCUUUUCUUUCUUCUCUCUUUUUUUCUCUACUUUUUUUUUGCCCUAUCUCAUAGGGUUUUCAUGUCCUGGUAGUUCUGUUUCUCUCAUGAACUCCUGCCCUAAAGCUCUGUACGAAGAGAUUUUGGCCGUAGUCUUCUUUGGGUUUCUCUUUUUUGCUCUCUUUGGAGGGUUUUCUGGUGGAAAACGGUGCGGAUUCGACCUCCCGGGGUUUUUUCAGCCGUACCCAUGUCUAAGAUCUUCGGUUUCAGCGGAAAUGGUGAUUCUUGCACUGGGGGGUCAAUUUACCCAAACCCCAAGGAAUCUAGCCUCUUUUUGCCGCUUGGUCAUCGCGUGGAUGUCUAUUUUCCACCUUGCAAGAGGUCUCGCAUCCGUGCACCGUUCGUUUUCAGUGGAGAGAGGUUUGAGCAGAAGAAGCGUGCCUCUAUUGAAGUUUUGCCAGAUGAAUGCUUCUUUGAGAUCUUCAGGCGGUUGCCUGGAGGCCAGGAGAGGAGCGCCUGUGCUUCUGUUUCCAAGCGUUGGCUUACGCUUCUGAGCAAUAUCUGUCAAGAUGAAUUCUGCAGCAACUCAACCACUGGAUAUUUGAGGCCUGAAGAAAAGAGCAUUGAGAAUAAGGCUGAAGAUCAGGAAAUUGAGACUGAUGGCUACCUUACUAGGAGCUUGGAAGGAAAGAAAGCAACAGAUGUUAGACUUGCUGCCAUUGCUGUUGGAACUGCCAGUCGCGGUGGACUGGGCAAGCUUUUGAUCAAGGGAAGCAGCUCUGCUUGCAGGGUGACUGAUGUUGGCCUCAAGGCGAUUGCUCGUGGCUGCCCUUCCCUAAAAAGCCUCUCUCUCUGGAAUGUUCCUUCCAUAGGAGAUGAAGGUCUGUUUGAAAUUGCUAAUAGGUGUCAUCUGCUUGAAAAGCUUGACCUUUGCCAAUGUCCGGAAGUUUCUGAUAAGGCUGUGCUUGCAAUUGCCAAAAACUGCCCUAAUCUGACUGAUUUAACACUAGAGUCAUGUUCAAUUGGGAACGAAGGUCUGCAAGCUAUUGGACGCUGUUGUUCCAAUCUGAAGUCCAUUUCAAUUAAAGAUUGCCCCCAUAUCGGGGAUCAAGGAAUUGCAAGCUUGUUAUCUUCCACCUCUUAUGUUUUGACUAAGUUGAAGCUCCAGGCAUUGAACAUUACUGAUGUAUCUCUGGCUGUUCUCGGACACUACGGCAAGGCAGUAACUGAUCUUGUCCUUAUUAAUCUUCCAAAUGUAAGUGAGAGGGGCUUCUGGGUCAUGGGCAGUGGCCUUGGAUUGCAGAAAUUGAAGUCCUUCUCAGUUACGUCUUGCCGAGGAGUUACAGAUACUGGGCUUGAAGCUGUAGGGAAAGGUUGCCCAAACCUAAAACAGUUGUGUCUCCGGAAAUGUGCUUUUUUAUCCAACGGUGGGCUGGUCUCUUUUGCUAAAGCUGCUGGGUCCCUUGAGAGCCUUCAACUGGAAGAGUGCCACAUGAUUACCCAAGUUGGUCUUUUUGGUGCACUUUUAAACUGUGGUGCAAAACUGAAGGCCCUUGCCAUGGUGAACUGCCUGGGUAUGAAGGACCUAAAUGUGGGAUUGCAUCUUCCAUCACCUUGCAACUCCCUGAGAUCAUUGUCCAUCCGUCACUGCCCUGGGUUUGGUAAUGCUAGUGUGGCAAUGCUGGGGAAGCUAUGCCCUCAACUGCUGCAUUUAGACCUGAGUGGGCUUCAAGGAAUAACAGAUGCUGGGUUUCUCCCCCUGCUUGAAAGCUGUGAAGCUGGUCUGGUAAAGGUUAAUCUGAGUGGUUGUGUGAAUUUGACUGAUAAAGUGGUUUCAUCCUUGGCUGAGUUGCAUGGGUGGACUCUUGAAAUGCUAAAUCUUGAUGGUUGUCGCAAGAUCAGUGAUGCUAGUUUAGUUGCAAUUGCUGAUAACUGCCCGUUGCUCAGUGAUCUUGAUGUUUCUAAGUGUGCGGUCACAGAUUGUGGGAUUGCAGCCCUGGCCCAGGCAAACCAAUUCAAUCUCCAGAUCCUCUCAGUUUCGGGGUGCUCUUUAGUGACAGACAAAAGCUUGCCUGCCUUGGAAAAACUGGGUCAGAGUCUUUUGGGGUUGAAUCUCCAACACUGCAAUGCAAUCAGCAUCAGCACAGUUGAUCUGCUUGUGGAUCAGCUAUGGAGGUGUGACAUCCUUCACUAAGCUGGGAAUGGGCUGAAAAAUCCUAAUUCCUGUGUCAUGAAAGGUCGAGGUUGAAUUAGUCAGGUGUCAGUAAUUCCCGUCAGGUUGUGCUUAGCAGGUCGUGUUUUUUGGUCCAUCAGCUAUGGGUCUUUAGUCAUUCAGUUACUCGGCUCCUUUUUCCAGGGAAUACAGCCAUUAACUCUUUUUCAGAUUUCCUUCAUUAGGAAAUCUGUUUCCAGUUUUUUGCGCCAAAUGAUGGUGCUUCAUUUUCUUAAUGGCUGCAUUUCCCUGAGAAUAUAGUUACCGGGCUCUGAAUUAAGGUAUCUUUACAAUUAUCGUGGUUUUUUAUAUUGCUGGGUGUCAGCACCUGUUGUUUUUAGCUUAGCCUUGUAUCGGAUAUGUAUGCCCUGGUGCAUGCUAAGCUAUUAUCAAAGCAAAGUCUUUUGUACUGUUGUACAAGUUGCGAGUCUGUCCAUUGUCUUUUACCGAGUCUCACGUUUUUUAACUUGUCGUCUGGACGUGACGGACUUAUGGUUUGGUCUCUGUUUUCCUCAAAGGGCAGGUUAUGUUCCUAAGGUGUCUGUUCCGGUUGCUCUUGGCAGUUUGAGUUUUUGGUGCCUUGUGUCUCUGGGGCUUUGGCCGUGGCAGCUGGUUAUACAAUGUCUGCCAUGACAAUCUCUUCUUCAUGGAGGAUUGUUUUUUUUCACCAAGCCCUAGUUUUUCAGGCUUCAUUUGUUUGCGAACUGUGAUCGGCAACCUCCUUACGAUGUACUGAAAUUGUUAUCUGCCCUUUGUGUUGUAGCUGUUCACAUCCUUUUGGGUGAUGAUAAAUAAAAUUUGUAGUCUUUAUUUCUGUUUA